UGUACACAAACAAUCUUCCUCCUUGUCAACUUGAGAUGGCUGUGCACAGGACUGCACAGCACAGCCAUGCAAAGCAGUUGCUUACAGUGAAGCACAAACACAGAACAUCAUGUAAAAUGGCACACAGUUAACCCUUUGAUCGCCCCAGAUGUUAACCCCUUCAUGCCCAGUGCCAUUAGUACAGUGGCAGUGCUUUUUAUUAGCACUGAUCACUGUAUUGGUAUCACUAGGGAUGUCAGUGACACCAAGUCAGUUCCCCCAGUGUCAGAAUGCCCACCAAAGUCCU